UGCCUUGCCGUAGGGAUGUCUCGUGAUGCUGUCAAGUUUGGCCGGAUGUCCAAGAAGCAGAGAGACAGCUUAUAUGCCGAGGUGCAGAAGCACCGGAUGCAGCAGCAACAGCGAGACCACCAGCAGCAGCCUGGGGAGGCUGAGCCGCUGACGCCUACCUACAACAUCUCGGCCAAUGGGCUGACAGAACUGCAUGACGACCUCAGCACCUACAUGGACGGGCACACCCCUGAGGGCAGCAAGGCCGACUCUGCAGUCAGCAGCUUCUACCUAGACAUCCAGCCCUCUCCAGACCAGUCGGGACUGGACAUCAAUGGGAUCAAACCUGAACCCAUAUGUGACUACACACCAGCAUCUGGCUUCUUCCCCUACUGCUCCUUUACCAAUGGAGAGACUUCCCCAACCGUAUCCAUGGCAGAACUAGAACACCUUGCACAGAACAUAUCCAAAUCCCAUCUGGAAACUUGCCAGUACUUACGGGAAGAACUCCAGCAGAUAACAUGGCAGACCUUCCUGCAGGAGGAGAUUGAGAACUACCAGAACAAGCAGAGAGAGGUGAUGUGGCAGUUGUGUGCCAUCAAGAUUACAGAAGCAAUCCAGUAUGUGGUGGAGUUUGCCAAACGCAUUGAUGGAUUUAUGGAGCUGUGUCAAAAUGAUCAAAUUGUGCUUCUAAAAGCAGGCUCUCUGGAGGUGGUGUUUAUCAGGAUGUGCCGUGCCUUUGACUCUCAGAACAACACCGUGUACUUUGAUGGGAAGUAUGCCAGCCCUGAUGUCUUCAAAUCCUUAGGUUGUGAAGACUUCAUUAGCUUUGUGUUUGAAUUUGGAAAGAGUUUGUGUUCUAUGCACCUGACUGAAGAUGAAAUCGCAUUAUUUUCUGCAUUUGUACUGAUGUCAGCAGAUCGCUCCUGGCUGCAGGAAAAGGUAAAAAUAGAAAAACUGCAACAGAAAAUCCAGCUAGCUCUUCAACAUGUCCUACAGAAGAACCACCGAGAAGAUGGAAUUCUGACAAAGCUAAUAUGCAAGGUGUCUACGUUAAGAGCCUUAUGUGGACGACAUACAGAAAAGCUAAUGGCAUUUAAAGCAAUAUACCCAGACAUUGUGCGACUCCAUUUUCCUCCAUUAUACAAGGAAUUGUUCACUUCAGAAUUUGAGCCAGCAAUGCAAAUUGAUGGGUAAAUGUAGUACCCGAGCACUUCUAGAACAACUGAAGUACAAACAUGAAAGAAAAAAAAAAAGGAAAUAAAACAAUGACAACGAAGACAAAAUUAACUGAGACACUUUCUAUGGCCCUGCACAGCCCUGGAGCGCCAACACACUGCACAGACAUCUUGUGGUGAUCGGGGUUCAGGCACAGAGGGAAAACAAUGAGAACCAAUAAAAGCUAAACUUGUUUUGCUCAUGCAUAUGGUUUCCACUAUGCCUACAGAUACGGACCCUUUUCUGUCUCGACUUCUAAAGCGGUUGACCUCUGCAAGUGGAGGGUACUACAGUCAGAGAAGUCCCUUUUCUUAUAGCUCACUGCCCACAGACUCUUACGGGUAACAACAGAGUCCAGCAGUAAUCGGUGACCCCGGGAUGCAUAGCGGGGGUUGCAGCGUUACUUUGCACAGCUUGCUUUUCUGUGUCAUGAAGGAAGAUUUUGUUUCUCUCACCGAUUAUUGCCGGUCAGCGGGAUGGCGUGAAAAGGGGAUCCAUAGCGCUCGCAACAAUAGCAUUAUAAUAUAUUACACAGGGUAAAUGGGCAUGAAGACUAUAUAUAGCUAAAGAGAUAUUGUUUAUAUAUUGUUUUAAUUAAUAUAAAAUGUAGUGACUGGCGUAGCUUUUCCUGUUGAAUUGAUAAGGCACUUUCCGUUUUGCACCUUUUGUUUUCUUUAAAUUAAAUGCUAGCGUGUUCACUGUCGCCGUGUCGCAUGUACACCAGAAACACAAGUUUAGCUGAGAAGGCUUGGAAGGUACGUCGGGAGGUAUUUAUGCUGCUGUUUACAAAAAAAGAAAAACAAAAAACAAAAAAAAAAUUACUUUUGAAAGACUGGCUGGGCAUAUCCAGAAAUCAACAUGUUGAAUUCUUUUCCCACCUGUAAAUUUGGAAUUAACGGAUCAUACUUUGUUUUGCAUGCAAUUAAGAAUGGGUGUGUUUAUGCUUCAUACAGAGUCAAAAGAGUAUCUGGUGCUGUGGGCUUAAACCAUAUGUGCAUUUUUUUAAGUUUUUAAUAUGCCACCUUUGGGAAGUGAAGGAGGAGAGAUUUUCAUUUGACAUAAUUCAGUAGUCACAGGGACACAGUAUCAACUCGGAAUUCUGAUGCUUAGAACAUAUUAGUAACCAGAAUGUUUAUUGGACUGUAGCUCUUAUUUAGAAGCACCCAAAGACUCUAUGUGGAGCAAACACACUCCCCACAGUCAUUGAAUGCCUUAUGUUCUUGGCAUCAGGAGCCCUAAGAAUUCAUCUCAGAGAAAACUGACCCUAGACUAGCUGUCCGAGAUUCUAGAAAUGCUGCUGUCCAUAUUGGGUAGACAGUGGAUGAAGAGGGAGGGAGGCAGUGUUGAACCUGGUUCCUGUAUUUAAAAUAAGCCUUCAGAGUGAAGGUGAUGCCAGCUGCAGACAUUUUCUCGUGUGUUUAUCCUUCACUAGAAAACUGUGGACUGUAAUUUAUUUUUUUAAAUAUUUAGAAAAUAGUUUGGCUUUUGUGUUCAGGUAAGAAAUAUUGAGGUAAUCUUGAUUAAAUUUGCAUUUAAAAAUAAUCCCCAGUGAGCAGAGGAAGGAACAGUCUCAUGUUCAUAGGUGUGCAUGUUUUGAAAGCAAAUGCCCUGAGACUAGAAAGAUGAUGGCUCAAUGGUCAAAAGCACUAUUGCUCUAUCAAAGGACCAAAGCCUGGAACCCAGCAAUCAGAUCAUGCAGCUCAAAAGAGCCUGUAACUCCAGCUCCAAGAUACCAGUGUUCCCUAUUGGCCUCUGUGGGUGUGGGCAUGGGUGUGAGUACACACACACACACACACACACA